CAGACGGACAGUAGCCGCGACGGGAUGAUGAUGUCUCCGGUGGUCUUCAUCGGUGUGCGAAGCUGCCAGGUCAGCGAGGAGAACGGGAUUCGAUAAUCCCAACGUCCCACUCCAUCCCACCCACGCAGAGAACAUCUGGGUUUUUGUGCGCACAAAACACGCGCACAAAACGCGCGCUUGUCGAUCGGGAGGUCCUGAGCUGAUUCCCGGGGCAUGAGAGCGCACCGUUCCACGAUGCUUCUGUGUCACCUGGGCAUCUGAUGAGUCCGCCCGCAUCAUCCGCAGCAUGUCCUCACGGAAGAUCUCCUCCGAAUCCUUCAGCUCCAUUGGCUCUGACUACCUGGAGAGCCCCGGCGAGGACGGAGAGUGUCCGUUCUCACGCGUCUUCUGGAACGGCCGGAGCCCCGUGGAGACGCUCUCGUGUCCGUUCGAGGACGCGGCCGUCAGCAGGCGUGCCGCCCGGCGCAAACGCGUCAAUCUAGACUCGCUCGGGGAGAGUUUGAGACGGCUCACCUCACCCACGACACAGACAAUUCAUUUGGCCCUGCAGAGAACUGUGGAUUUUUACAGACAGAGAGAAAUCAGUGGACAAGAGUUUGUAAGAAACUUGUCAGACGAGCAGAAGUGUUUGUUUGAUAACUCGCGAUGUGACAGCCAGACCGACAUCUCAGGAAUAUUGAAAUUUACAGCCACUAUUUUAGGUGUGGACUUUGCCACCGUACGGGGACGAUUUGGCGAGGAAUUCUUCGGUUUAUGUCUGGAGGAGAACGAAAGGGUUCUGCGAGCUCUCGGAGGAAACCUGCAGGAUUUCUUCAAUGGUUUCGAUGCUCUUCUAGAACAUAUUAGAACGUCCUGUGGGCAGCGAGCUUCGUCCGAGGCCCCCUCUUUCCUAUGCAAAGACACUCUUCAGGAGAACGAAGAAUCAGAUGGAGAGAGGGAUGGAGGGUGGACUCUUCUCCUCCACUGUUUCAACCCCGACCCCACUGUGGGCGUGGCCAUGCCAGGGUUGAUUCGAGCCGCCGCUCGACGAAUCUACCAGUCGGACGUUUCGGUGGAAGAAGCUCCUCCCUCUUGGCUGCACACAGCCAAUGAGGAUGGAGAGCUCUCAGCGGACUCCUCCCUCUCUUCAUCCCCAUCUCCACUAUCUUUGUCCUCUCCCGCUUGUUUAUCCUUCCUCAUCAAAGAGAUUCGGACUCAACCUACAUCUUCAUCAUCUUUAUCCUUAUCCUCGCACCCCACCACAUCAUCUCGGCAGCUUUCGCGCUCACCGCUGGAUCUACGGAUCAGCUUGAGCACAUUUUGUCGAGCCUUCCCCUUCCAUCUGGUGCUGGGACCCAACAUGGAGAUUCUGCAGGUCGGCGAGGGGCUCCGUAAACAGGCCAAGAACGACCCGCACCGAACACUCACCUUCAGCAACAGCUUUGAGUUGGUUUCUCCCAGAAUACCCUGCACGUUCCAGAACAUUCUACUUCGGCUGUCCACACCAUUCACCAUUAGAACACGACCAGACGGGCUGGCACUCGACAGCAAGGAGAAGGUGAUGGAACUCAAAGGUCAGAUGCUUCACUUACCUGAAUCCAACUCCAUCAUGUUCCUGGGCUCUCCACGUGUUGAUAGGCUAGAGGAGCUCAUGGGGCGGGGCUUACAUCUGUCGGACAUCCCCAUGCAUGAUGCUACACGUGAUGUUAUCCUGGUUGGAGAACAAGCAAAAGCCCAAGAUGGACUGAAGAAACGCAUGGAUAAACUUAAAGCCACGCUGGAGAAGACCCAUCAAGCUUUAGAAGAGGAGAAAAGGAGAACCGUGGAUCUGCUAUAUUCCAUAUUCCCCGGCGACGUGGCUCAGAGACUGUGGCAGGGACUUCCUGUUCAAGCCAAGAAGUUCGAUGAUGUCACUAUGCUGUUCUCCGAUAUCGUGGGGUUCACGGCGGUUUGCGCGCAGUGUACGCCCAUGCAGGUCAUCAGCAUGCUGAACGAACUCUACACACGCUUUGACUACCAGUGUGGAAUACUGGACGUCUAUAAGAUUGAAACUAUAGGUGAUGCGUACUGUGUGGCGGGCGGGCUCCACAGGAAGAUUGACAGCCAUGCCAAGCCAAUCGCCCUCAUGGCUCUUAAGAUGAUGGAGUUGUCAGAAGAAGUGUUGACACCCGAUGGGAAGCCAAUCAAGUUGCGGAUUGGAAUCCACUCAGGUUCAGUGCUGGCUGGUGUCGUGGGUGUGAAGAUGCCACGCUACUGUCUGUUUGGAAAUAACGUCACGCUGGCCAGCAAGUUUGAAUCGGGCAGUCACCCGCGCUGCAUCAACGUCAGCCCAACCACAUACCAACUCUUGCGUGAUGAUCGCUCAUUCUCCUUCAUCCCUCGCUCCAGGCAGGAGCUUCCCGACAACUUCCCCAAAGAGAUCCCAGGAAUCUGCUAUUUUCUGGAGGCGGGCAAAUCCCAGAGCCACGCCUCCCUCACCAGCACUCGCUCCGCCCCCGUACGCAAAGUGUCCUAUAACAUUGGGACCAUGUUUUUACGGGAGACUAGCCUCUGAGAUGGCCCCGCCCAUUUGCUAUGACAUCACGUAGACUAGUGUUGCCUAUGGCAACUGGAAACCCCGCCUCUCGAACCGGAGCUUUGGCCUCAGAGGUGAUAGAUGAACGCAGGGGGCAGAGAGGACGGUCCUGCCCUGGCCCCGCCUCCUUUAUGGAGCUAUGGAUAAUUGUGUUCUAAAAAGACAUUAAAAACAACUAUAUAUAGAUAUAUAUUUCAGAUAAAGCCUUCUGCUCAAUAACAUCGCUAGCAACGACAAACACACAAUAGUACUCUAGUGUACACAUACAGUACAAAUACUAUGGACAAAUUAAUGUAAACACACACACACAUUGCUUGCAGCAUUGCAGGUUAUAGAAUUCACAUGCAUAACUUGGUGCCUUUACUCUCCAAAUACACACAUUACUCCUAAACUCAUUUAUUUCCACUACUUACACAAUUUUACAUCCUUUAUUUGUGUUUAUAUGUGUGUCCAACUAUUAAUCAUGCUUAGAUCCAGAGUAUAUGUGUGAAUGUGUGUUUCCAAUUAACCGUUGUUACUUCCCUUUUGUAUGUUCUUCUACCAUUAACCGCUAUUAGAUUGUAUGUAUGUCUGUGUGUGUGUGUGUGUUUGUCCCCUACUUUGUGUUUAAAGGAAUAGUCCACCCAAAAAUUUAAAUCCUCUCAAUAUUUGCACACCCUUGUUUUCGUUCCAAACCGAGAAAUCUGUUCACAGUGACUCGUUUUCACGUGAAAACUUGCGUUGUUUAACGUUACAAAUAAUGCAAGUUCUCACGUGAACGUGUGUCACUGUGAAUGCAUAAGAAAGACCAGAGAAGGUUCAGAAGGUUUAGGUGAAACAACCCAAAAUGUAAGUAAAUUUCCAAUAAAAAUCCUCAAGUUCGUUGCGCGAUCAUGAGCAUGAGAGAAGCUCGUUCACAGUGGCUCGCGUGCUGACGCGAGAACUUGCAUAGUUUAGCACUAAAAAUGAUGCAAGUUCUCGUGUGAACGCAUGCAACUGAACGCAUAAAAAAGAAAGACACAAAGGUUUUGGUGGGGAAAUAAACGUUAAUUUUAGUCUUUAGUCCAUGAAAAUCCUGAUGUUCGUUGCGCGUUUAUGAGCACUAUGAGAGAAAUUUGUUCACAGUGACUAGUUUUCUUGGAAAAAAACGUGCGUUGUUUAGCGCUAAAAGUAAUGCUCUCGCGUGAUAAAUAAAGUUCUCACGUGAACGCACAAGAAAGAAAGUCAUACAGGUUUUUGGCGAGAAACAACCCAAAAUUUAAGUAAUUUUACGAUGAAAAUCCUAUCGUCUGUUGCGCAUUCAUGAGCACAAUGAGAGUAGCUCGUUCACAGUGGCUCACGUUUUGAGGCUAAAACUCGCAUAUUUUAGCACAAAAAAUAAAAGUUCUUGCGUGAACGUGUGCCACUGUAAAUGCAUAAGGAACAAAGUCAACAAGGACGUUAAAUGAAAGUAAUGUUUCAGUGAAAAUAUUGACGUCCGUUGCUCAUUCAUGACCACUACAAGAGAAACAUGUUUACAGCUGCUCUUUUUCUCAUGAGAAAAACUUGCAUUGUUUAGCGCUAAAAACAAUUAAAGUUCUCACGUGAACGCGUGCCACUGUGAAUGCAUAAGAAAGAAAGUCCAGAAGGUUUUGGUGAGAAACAACUCAAAUUUAAGUCAUUGUACGAUAAGAAUCCUGACGUCCGUUGCACAUGCAAGAGCACAAUGAGAGUAGCUUGUUCACAGUGGAUUGUGUUUUGAGGCUACAAUUUAGCACAAAAAGUACACUCGCUUGAAAGUGUGCCACUGUGAAUGCAUAAGAAGAAAGUCCAAAUGGUUUUGGUGAGAAAGAACCACGUUUCAGUGAAAGCUUGAAUAUCUGUCAUAUGUUCAUGAGCGCUAUGAGAGAAACCUGUUCACAGCGGCUCGCGUUCACGUGAGAACUCCGGUAGUUUAGAGCUAAAAAACAACACAGUUCUCACGUGAACAUGCAUGGCACUUUCCAUCAGUGUUAAUUUGUUCACAGUUUUUUGUUUUGGUCAUAGUUUUAGUCUUUCAACGAAAAUGUUCUUUAAAAGUAGUGAAUAUUUCAUCAUGACCUACUUAGAUAUAAUUUUAGUCAACGAAAACAAUAUAUUUUAGUUGAUAGCAAUGUGUGAAAUGGCCAAAAAAGUGUGUCAAACUGUAACAGACCACAUUUUAAUCCAAUAUUGAAACAUUUAGAUAAAAAAAAAGUUAUAAAAAGUUAUAAUUAAAAAAUGUAUCAAACAUAGGCUAUACUGUAAAUAUGCAUACUCUCCUUGUUGUAACAAAACCUUAGCUCCUGAAAUAAUAAUGAACAGAUUGAAGUAUAAGCUACUUUUUUUUUUUUUUUUUUUUUUAGAAGUUAGCCUAUUGUUUUCUGAAUUCUUCAUGCUUUUUAGAGACUUUCGUUUUCUGUAAAAUGAUAUUACAUUGCGUGUAGCGUGUUUCUUACGGAAACAGCGUAGACACAACAGAACAUGCGCAAUGCAAAUUACGUGUCAUUUACAGUAGUUCAAAUGGAUCUGUUCAUUCACUUCGCUGUAUAGAUGUUGUUAUAUUACAUAUAUGUUGUGGGUAUAGUGAUUAAACUCUUUUAUAAACAGAAUGCGUUUGAAUGAGGUAUUUACCCAGUUUGAAGCGGUUCAUUUUGCCGGUGUUAGCGCGCAGCUCAAGCGGGUAAAUCCUCAACAUACUGGAUUAUAUGAAUCCAUAUCUUGCACUGUUAAUAUCAGAUUUUCAUCAACAGUAUGCUUUAAAAUAAUCGUUUAAUUAUCGUCAUGCGCCAUCUUCAUUAUCAUUAACGAAAUCAAAAAACCCUUCGUCAACGAACGUUUUCGUCAGUGAUUUCGUUGACGAGAUUUACACUGCUUUCUAUGAAAAUCCUGAAGUUUGUUGCACCUUCAAUCACAGUGGCUGAUUUCCACAAAAAAAACAAACAAAAAAACAAAAAACAAGAGGAGUUCCCAUCAAACACAAAACGUUCCCCUAACAUUAGCAUUUGGUUCCCAUUUGGUUAUUUUUUUGGGAACCAAUUCCUAAUGAUCUAGGAAAGUUCUCUUUAGGUUAUAUUUUUUGCAACCAUAAACUAACAUUCCCAGAACGUUCUGGAAACCAAAAAUUGUUAGCUGGGUUGUCACGUGAACACACGUGCCACUGUGAACGCAUAAGAAAGAAAGUCAUACGGGUUUGUAUCAACAUGAGGGUAAGUAAAUUAAAUAUUUGGGGUGAACUACUUCUUUAGGUUUGUGUUCUGCGUGUUUAUACGCUGUUUGCGUUAUUGUGUGUGGGUGUGCUGAUUUGUACAUCUGGGUAUGUCUACAUGUGUAAAGCCUAAAGGCAAAAGCGUACUUUGGUUUUUUGUGUGCCGCUACAGCUUGUGCACAGUGCAUGUGACACAUAUUUCUACAUCAGCACAGUACAUGCGUACUGCGUGCAGUCUAGAUUUUCUAGUAACGUGGACAGUCCGCGUCUUAGCACUUCAUCUGCACAUACGCCUGCUGUCGACUGUUCUAAAGUGUAUUGCAAAGCAUUAAUGCGCAUGUGUUGAGCGCGUCCAUAUGGGACCGUGGUCAAAAGAGUGUACUUUGAAAGGCUGAGUGCUCGACUGUGCAUGAGACGGAACCAGGCACGUGCCGUUGGCUUUGAGACUGGGCAAGCAUCAAAGACUUUUAAUACACAUUAUUAAACACUGUGCCCAAAACACAUAUGGGUUAGCGUAAUGUUGCGGAAAUGUUAUAGAUGUGAAUUGUUGCCUUAGAACCCAUCAGUCAAUGGAAACAAUUAUUUUUAAUUCAGGAGAGUAAUACUGCUCAUAUCACACAAAUGAAUGAUUUUCUUAUAUUGAGCCAAGCAGGUUAAUGUCCAUUAAAUCAUACAAUGAACCAUAGUGCCGGAAGAGCUUGUUUUGACAUACAAGAAAAAGAUUGCCAGUUACUAGUUUCAACAUCACAGGCCUCACACGUCACUCUUCCCACAGUUCAGAACCACUGGAAUGGACAGCAGCAAUUAACUAAUCUGACCACCAAAGACAACAAUCUUACCCUGAAUGCACAAGGCAAAUGUAACAUAGAUACAGCAGUCUACAUCCAUUAAUAUUUGUUUUUUAAACAGAAACUGCGCCUUAACGGUUGAAUUAUAAAACAGACAUAACACAAGAAAGACAUGAUUGCCAGAUCACCACUCCAUACACUCAUCUAUGACCUAGUAUCAAUAACACAGAUUUUUUUUAUAAAUAUAUUAACUUACCUUUACUUGGACACAAUGCAUCUUUCCUUGCGAAUGAACAUCUCCAUCACUUUGUUGUAAAAGUCGCCCGCUUGUCUAAGUUUCGAUAGCCUCUCUUUCUUGAUUUUUAAUUGAAAUUAACUUUGCCAAAUCCGCGUUGGUCGUCGAUGCUUACACUGCACUGCAGAUAUCCUUUGUAGCGCUUAAUAACGCAUUAGUUACGUGAACUUGAACGUGUUGACACAAAACUAAAAUCUAGCCUAUCAGAUAGCGUGACGGAAGAUCGGCUUACUCAUUUUGGUAAGCAUGCUUACCUUGGCCAUUUGUAGUAGCGGGCGUGAUUCAGUAUGAAUGAACAGUGUUGAAUGAAAGGGCGGUCAACAAUGCUUUGAAUCAGAGAAAGCAUAACACAAAGUGCUUAUAUCUGAGGGUGGUGCCAAAGCGAAUAAAUGAAUAACUAACUGUCUGUGCUGCUCAACUGAGAUGAAAGAUGACGAAUUUGACCGAAAACAGUAGUUUAUAUUAACAAUUAUUUUUACAUAUUUCAUAGUGUCAUUUUCUUUCACCCUUCUGUUAGGAAAGCACUGCUAACCCUGCUUAUAUGGAGGGCACGUCCCUGGACGGAAAGGUACACGGAAAACCAAAGUAUACCCUAGCCUUAAUGUGAGUGAGUGUGUGUUUGAGAGAGAGUGUGUGUAAACAGUUUGAGGUCAUGGAAAUGUAUGUCAUAAUAUCAUUAUUCAUUUCAGUCACAUCUGAUUAAACCAAGAUCACAUUAACCGUAGACGUGUCAGUCAUUUUUAUCAGGAUGCCAAUAAAAUCGAUUCAUUGCAAGUUU